GGCAUGGUCCGCUCUGGGACGGCAGUGGCGCCUCUGCCUGGAGCUCCGCUCAGCGAGCGCGGCGCCUCCACCCCGCCCGCCUUGCAGUCGCUGAUUGGCCGGGCCUGCACCGCGGGGCUCCCGCACUCUGCUGCUCGGCCCCGGACUAGCGCGGCCCGGUAGGCUCCUGGCCCGGCCCGGGUUCCGAGCUGGAGGGGUGCUCUGAGACCUGCUCUCCGACAGCCAAUGGGCUCUUGGAGACCCAGUCGGGGCGGGAACUUGCCCGAGGUCGCUCUGGUAGAGCAAUGAUUGGAUGUACGGUCUCCGGAUCCGAGGUUAGCUCCAGAACGUCAGAAUAUCAGAAGCAGUCAUCACCAAGAGGCAAGAGAAGCCCAAAGAACAGUCCAGAGAAGCAGAUUGCUCACCAGAGCUGCAGGCAGUGCUUUUCUACCAAGAUGCUUUCCUCAAACGCAAGGACCAGGCAGCUAAAUGGCACUUGUGCCAGCUCGGUGGACAUGGAGCUCUUCCUCCAUUACUCCCUCAUCCCAUCACUUUUCGUCAUUUUGGUCUUGUCCCUUCUCCAAAGACGAGAGCACCAUAGACAGAGAGAUGACGCCUCUUACCUCCUGGGGAACCGCUUCAGAAUGAUCAUACCUCUGGACUUCGUGGGCACUUUUCGUAACCGAUGGUCCUAUGGAGUAGCCUUUGGGGCUGCAGCCAAUAAGGUCAUGUUCUUAUUCUCGGAAGGCUACCAGCCCCUGCAAGUCCCACAAUGGGCCCAAGCCUUUGUGCUUCUGAUCGGAGGCAUCGAAGUCGGCCUGUCCCACUUCCCCUUCUUUGCUUGCCUCUCGUCGGAGUUCCGGCUGGUCAGCUCCAUCCUGGGGUUCAGCUACUCUCUGAUCUGGUUUGCUGUCACCACCCUUCACAUCACACAGUGUCCCCAUGGGCAGUUUGUGGGGAAGUAUGAGACUGUCGUGUUCUACUGGCCCUCACUGCUCUGCCUGGCCUUCCUUCUGGGCCGCUUCUUGUACAUGUUUGUCAAGUCUCUGAGGGUCCACCUGGGCUGGGAGCUCCAGACGGAAGAAAAGCCUUUCCUGGAAGUUCACCAGGCAGAGCACGUCAAACAGCUCCUGAGGAAGUGCCCCCUGCAAGAGAGAGAAAAGUCUUGGUUCCAAAUCAGGAUAUAUGAGUGGGACCCUUACUUUCAGUUCCCAAGCAGGAUGAUUGGAACCACUGUGUUGGCUUUCAUCUGCCUGUACCUUUUCAUUGUCAUUGAGUUCUGCAUGUUCGUGUAUGUGAGAGAUGAGCUAGAUGUGUUUGAAGGCGAAUUGGAGAGCUACGUCGCCUCCAUGAACCAGACGGGUACCCUGACCCCAGUCCUCCUGCAGGUGAAAGAGCUGAUUAACGUCACCAAAGGAGUCUGGGUGGUGACUAUCUUGCCUGCCUCCCUCACGUGUGUGAGCUACCUGUUUCACAUCUUGGCUUGUUACAGAAAGCAAAUGAAGAGGUUGUGGGCAGGAGAUAAACACUUUCUCCCUUUGAAGUUCCAUAAUCCUUCCUCGUCAGAGAGUGUGGUGGCCAUUGCAAGGUACUCUGGCUGGCAGAUAGCUUAUAUUCUGUGGGGCUACCUCAUCAUCCACGUGAUGCAGAGCCUGUGUGGCCUAGUGAUCAUGUACAGCCUGGUGCUACCUGUCAUCCACAAUCAGGCCCUGGAGAUGCUCCGAGGACUGGGCAUCGGGAUCCUCACCAUAUCCAUCGUCCUGGGCCUCAUGGUCCUGCAGGUAUGGAUUGCCGCCAGCUUCUUCCUGCAACCAAAGAUGGGAACAGCUGACAAGCAGAAGCCCUUGGCUCUCAACAACAGGAGAGCUUUCCACAACUUCAACUACUUUCUGUUCUUCUACAACGUGCUGCUGGGCCUGGGCGCCUGCCUCUGCAGGCUUCUCAUUAGCUGCAUCCUGGGCACGUGGCUGAUCGCCCGCAUCGACAGGACCAUUCUGCAGAGUGGCUGUGAGAGAGCAGACAUGGGGUUCAGUGCGUGGAUUGGCAUGCUCUAUGUGGAUCAUUAUCACACCAACCCUGUGCUCGUCAGCUUUUGUCACAUCCUGAUCACAGGCCACAGAGAGAGGAGGCUGCAGCAGGCCAUCAAAUACUGGUACCUAAAUCAGUCAGCAGGUCUUAUGGUGGUGGGAGAGAAGGAAUCCACGAUCCCAGCCUCCAGUCUGGUGGGUGAGCAGACACACACUGAGCUCUCUCUCCCACAUCCACUGGGAUGGGGAACGGAUCAGAACUGACCUGGGCCUUGGUCACAAAUCAGAUGUACAGAUUCUCUCUGACAAAGAGGGCAUUCCCUGAGAAAGCCACUUGUCUGAGGAGGCAGAGAUGCGAUGGGCAGGCAUUUAAGGUGGGGGACAACAGGAGCAAAAGUGUGGGCGCAGGUUUGAGGAGGGCGAGCCCUCUGGUGUAUGCAGGGCAUGGUGCUCGGGGCUGGUUAGACCAUCCAAGGGUGUCCAGGUGCCCGGUUGAGAAGCCUGGACCUUUCUCUUUGUGCAGGGGGCCCAGUACUUACCCAGAUUCUUCAUUCCCCAGCAUAAUAUCUCUGAUAAAUGGGGACCUGUCACUCACAAAACCUGUGCAAGUACCAGGAGGACUCACCCAUAGGGUGAGGGAAGUCCCCAUCCACCUCACAAAUCCCAGAGCCAUUGAAAUCCAGUAAUCAUUACUGAGUACCUUCUGUAAGCCCAGUCCUUUGCUAGAUGUGUCUGCCAGACGUAUCUCUUUUAACUUUAUCUCUGCAACCAAGCUUUGUCAUUCUGCUUUUUGAAACUAAGGAAACUGGGACUCAGAGUAUUGGGAUCCCCCCCCCACCACUUUCUAGCUGUGUGACAUUGGCUAAGUUACCUCACCUUUCUGUGCUUUCUUUCCCCUACAUAUUAAUAUAAAAAGGGAAUGAUACCCGCAACGCCAAAAAUUAUUUUGAGGAUAAAAUGAGUUAAUGUACACAAACACUCCUAAGCUAGUGCCCAACAUAUCCUAAACUCUCAAUAAAUAUCAGUCGUUGUUUGUAAUGUUACCCUUUGUGGUGAUUGGUUAAUGUCUGCCUACCUCUCAUUAGGCUCUCGGCUCCACAAAGAAAGAGGCAUUCUCAGAUUUUACUCACCAUUACCAAGUAUCUGCUGUAACAUAGUAGGAUCUUGGAAUGAAUAAAAUAAUAAGGCCAUGAUGACUGAAUAUCUCAGCCAUGAAUUCAAUACUGAAAUCAACCCUGCCAUCAUGGUUGAGUGGCCGCUAAACAGAAGGUCAGGAGCACUGGGUUUUGGUCCCAGCUCUGCCACUAGAAUGAGUCUCAGUUUCUCUAAAUGAAAGCUAGUGCAGACCUCACAGUCAGUGCCCCUCACUUGCACCCAGCCAGUGCUGACCAAGUACUUGCUACGUGCAAUCACCACUCCAGGGACACAGGACACCUGAGGAGAUGAGGUUCUGCCUGCAGCAUGUGGCAAGGCCUCUCUUUGCAGCUCUUGCUACAGUUGUCUCCCAGCCUCUUCCCUGGACUGGUUUGUGAGCUGCUCAAGGGCAGGGAUCAUGUAUCUCUCAUCCUUGAGGACAUUAUAUAUUGAUAAAAGGUAUAAUCCAUCAAGAAGGUAUAAUAAUUAUAAACAUAUAUAUAUCUAACAGCAGAGGCCCCAAAACAUAUGAAGCAAAAACUGACAGAAUUGAAGGGAGAAAUGGACAGUUCCACAUUAAUAGUGGAGAUAUUAGUACCCCCUUUUCAAUAAUGGAUAUUACAACCAGAUGGAAAUCAGUAAGGAAAUAAAGAAUUUGAAAAACACCAUAAACCAAUUAGACCUAACCCUCCACCCAACAACGGCAGAAUACAUAUUCUUCUCAAGUGCAUAAAGAACAUUCUCCAGGAUAGACCAUAUGU